CGGAAGCGUUGCUAUGGCGGCGGACGCGCUCCGCGGCCUGGUGGCCGCGCUGGAGACCUACCGGGGCCGGGACCGGGUGGUCCGCGCUCUCUGCUAUGGCUGCCAGCUGGCGGGCGGGGCCCUGGCCGGGCCGCAGGCCUCGCCGUCCGGGCUGCCCGGGAGCCUCCUGGCCGUGUCGGCCCAGCUGAACGCCUGUCGCACGGCCCUGCGCCUCUUCGAUGAUUUCGCCAUGCUCAGCUACAGCUGCGGCUACGGGCUGGGCCCCAAGGACGAGGACGGGCUGGUGAGGGGGUUAUCGGUGCUCAGCAACCUGGCCAACCAGCUCUACUACCCCUGCGAGCACAUGGCCUGGGCAGCCGAUGCCGGUAUCAUCCACGUGGGCUCUCAGAAGUGGUGGACGCUGAGCACGGGGCUCUGGGCCUUCUCCCUGCUCCUGGGAAUCCUGCGAUCCCUGAGAGUCUUGUUCCAGUUAAGAAGAAAGCUGAGGCAGCACGAGGGUGCUGCUUCGCCUCCCAGCCCAAAGGAAGUCAAAGCCCAAGUGAAGGCUGAAGUUUUGAGCAUCCUCACAGACCUGGCAGAUCUCUCCAACGCCAUCCACUGGCUGCCUCCAGGAUUUCUUUGGGCUGGACGCUUCCCUCCCUGGUUAGUAGGUCUCCUGGGAACAGUAUCUUCCCUGAUUGGCAUCUACCAAGCGUCUAGAGGAGGAAAUUCUGAAGCUGAAUAAACCAUAAUUAAGCUUCCAGGAGCCUGAUUGUUCCGUGGUAACAACGGCUUUAGUGAGGCAGGGUGUAUUUUAACUCUGCUGGAUGUUGAUGGUUGUAAUUCCACACGUCCUGUAAUUGGGACUGGAGUCAAGAUGUUGAUUGCAGAGAGGAUUUUUUUGCAGUUUUUAAUCACUCUUCAUCAGAGAAAUCUUCCGGGAAAAUGCUCUGAAAAGUAAGAAAUCUCCAAGGAUUGGUAAAAUAGAGGAGAAAAAAGGCACUUCCAUCCUUCCUUCCUGUGUCCCAAAAGACAAAUGCAACCUCCAGUUUGUGCUGGUGCUUGAAGGAGCAGGAAGUUUGGCAGAGGAAUAACCAUGGUUCUGUCACACAGAACUCCAAAGGGAUGGAUCCGAGGCUCAGAGCUUGGCCCCUCUUCUGAGCCAGGGAGGUGACUGUUCCUGUGGGAGUUUCCUCGUUGGAUCUUUUGGAGUCCGAGCCCAGAGAUCCCCAGAGCACAAAGAGGAACGAGUGGCUGUGCUGAUGGGGUGGUUGGUGUUUCUGUAGAGGCGAGAGGGGAAAGACCCAGCAGCUGUGGAGCUUCCUCCUCAUCUCUGUGAUCAUUUUAAGGAGAAAGUUUGGAAGUUGGGAGUUUUCCUGGUUACAGCAAAGCCUUCAUCUGUGCCUUUACCGAGUGCCAGAGGGUGGAGCUCUUCCACCAGGCUCUGGCAGCAGCCGAGGGACCUUUUUUUUUGUUUCCUUUGAACAACAACAAAAAAGCAGCAAGUUUGUUAAUCACCUUUCAAAGGACCAAUCAAAGCGAUGCCAAGAUGGGUUUUACAGUUCUGUUUCUAGGCGGUGCCAAUAAUAAAUGAGAUGAAUGUUUCAAA